AUGAAAACAUUGGUUGUCGAGGGGAAACGUGUGAAAUUGCAAAUUUGGGAUACCGGCGGCCAGGAAAGGUUCCGCACAAUCACCCAGAGCUAUUACAGGUCUGCGAAUGGUAUCAUCCUGUGCUAUGACCUAACGUGCCGUCAGUCGUUCGACUCGCUACAGCGCUGGCUCGAUGAUAUCUCCAAAUUCGCCGCGCCAAAUGUUUACAAAGUACUUGUCGCAACGAAAGCGGACUUGGAAAGUGAGCGUUUGGUGGAAAGAGAAGAAGGCAGAGAGCUGGCCGAGAUGCAUGGCAUGUGCAUGUUCAUUGAAACCUCUUCAAAAAGCAAUCUGAAUGUGGAUAAUGCUUUUCUGGAAUUGGCUUGUCAGCUGAAGCGACAGUACGAGGCCGGUGUGCAGCUCGAUUCUCAGUUGAAUGCUUUCAAGAUCUCGCAAGCCACUACGACGAUCAGCUCCAAGUGGGACUCAUGCUGCCACUACAUAUGA